AUUAGUAGUAGAAGAAGAAGAAGAAGAAGAAGGUUCCGACUUCUUUCCUGUUUUCCGGUUAGCUGUCCCUACAUCUAUGAGCUGUCCCCUCAAAAUGCCUACACUCCAGUUACUGAGAACGUACGUCAACCAGCGCCUGACUGUGGCUGUUGAAGAUAUAAUCGAGAUGUUUGAAAGAACCAUAACCGAGUACGAGGAGGAAAUGUAUCGCCAGCGCAGGCUGCUGGGAGCUGAGCAGUCCGGCGGCGGCGCCGCCAAGAUAAUGUUCAGCAACCAAACAGGUGUGUCUCAGGAAAUCCAGCCGCUGGUUGUCAAUCCAAAGGUUCCCCCUGAACAGCAGGAGUGGGGACCCGGUCCGGACCCGGAGGAGCCCCCGGAGCCCCCGCGCAUUAAAGAGGAACCAGAGGAGGUCUGGAUCAGACAGGAGCUUCAGGGGCCGGAGGGGGCUGACAUCCCAGAGUUCCAGUUCCCUGCAGUGUCUGUAAAACGUGAGGACGAUGAAGAGAAACCUCACUCCGCAGUGCUCCAUCAAAGGCAAACGGAGGAGCCCGGAGAGGCUGACCCCCCAGCUCAGCAGACAGGAGCCGGGGCCGCCGUCCGCUACCGUGAAGCGUCAGAAGCGGCCUUUGACUUGGACGCGGACGUUUUUUUAAAAGCGGCGAGCGACGGCCAGUUUUUCCUCUCGCGGUGUUUUCAAACCGAGACCGAAGACUCGGACGACGGCUGGAGGCACGCGAUGGAGCCUCCGCCGCCCUGCGACCCGCUGAAAGACAACGACGCCACGUCUCCUCCGAGAGCUCACGCUCAGGGGGAAGUCUAUAAAUGCCCGGCGUGUAGCAAAACCUUCAAGCACAACACGGCUCUGCAGAGGCACGUCACGUGCCACACGGGGGAGAGGCCGUUUGACUGUGCCGAGUGUGGCAAGACGUUCAGGCACAAGGGAAGUCUGCACAUACACAUGAGGAAACACACAGGAGAGAAGCCUUUUCGUUGCCUAGUUUGCGGAAAGAACUUCACCCAGAGCGGAACGUUGGCCGCGCACGUGAGGAUUCACACCGGAGAGAAGCCUUUCAGCUGCUCGGUGUGUAACAAAAGGUACAAUGAGAGGGGGACACUGGCGCGACACAUGAGGGUCCACACCGGAGAGAAGCCGUUCACUUGCUCGCUGUGCGGUAAACGAUUCAGCGAGAAGGGCAAUCUGACCAAACACAAGAGACUCCACACGGGGGAGAAACCGUUCAGUUGCCGUGCGUGUGAGAAGAAUUUUAGUUUGCUGUCGCACCUCCGAAACCACAAAUGUCCUGGUGAGAAGAGCGGGGAAACUGUAGAGCAGGCACUUCAGCUGAAAUCAUAGACUGUCAAGUGAUUUAAGAAGAAAAAAAAGAAUCUAAUUCUUUGAAUGCUUUGUGAUUUGCAGUUGUUUCACUCCCAGAGUUUCCGCGGGGUCUUCAAAAAGUCUAAAAACUUCAAAGUCAAAAUGUUAGGCCUUUUUAAAAGGUCGUAAAUUCAAUGACGUGUGGUGUUUUUUGCCUUAAAGUGGCCAUAUUAUGCUCAUUUUCAGGGUCAUAAUUGUAUUUAGAGGUUGUACCAGAA